GCGGGGCUCUGGCCCCACGGUGCGCGCGGGCCGCGGGAGGUCGUCCUGCGGGUGACAGUCGCGGAGCUGCGAGCGACGGCCAUGGCGGCGGCGAUGGCAGCGACCACGGCGGAGCGGGCGGUGCUGGAGGAGGAGUUCCGCUGGCUGCUGCACGACGAGGUGCACGCCGUGCUCCGGCAGCUGCAAGACAUCCUCAAGGAGGCGUCGAUCCGCUUCACCUUCCCAGGCACAGGUGCCGAGGGGCCCGCCAAGCAGGAGAACUUCAUCCUGGGCAGCUCGGGCACAGACCAGGUGAAGGGCGUGCUGACUCUGCAAGGGGAUGCGCUGAGCCAGGCGGAUGUGAACCUUAAGAUGCCCCGGAAUAACCAGCUGCUGCACUUUGCUUUCCGGGAGGACAAGCAGUGGAAGCUGCAGCAGAUCCAGGAUGCCCGGAAUCACGUGAGCCAAGCCAUGUACCUCCUAAGCAGCCGGGAGGAGAGCUACCAGUUCCGCACUGGAGCCGAGGUCCUCAAGCUGAUGGACGCGGUGAUGCUGCAGCUGAGCCGGGCCCGCAACCGCCUCACCACCCCGGCCACCCUCACCCUGCCUGAGAUUGCCGCCAGCGGCCUCACGCGGAUGUUCGCGCCCGCCCUGCCCGCCGACCUGCUGGUCAACGUGUACAUCAACCUCAACAAGCUCUGCCUCACCGUGUACCAGCUGCAGGCGCUGCAGCCGAACUCCACCAAGAACUUCCGGCCGGCGGGAGGCGCUGUGCUGCACAGCCCCGGGGCCAUGUUCGAGUGGGGACCCCAGCGCCUGGAAGUGAGCCACGUGCACAAGGUGGAAUGCGUGGUCCCGUGGCUCAACGACGCCCUGGUCUUCUUCACCGUCUCCCUGCAGCUGUGCCAGCAGCUCAAGGACAAGAUCUCUGUCUUCUCCAGCUACUGGAGCUACCGGCCCUUCUGAGCGGACACCCCAGGAGCAGAGCCCACCCCCCGGAAGCAGCGCCCACCCACCCCUCGCCCCUGGGGCUGGCACUGGGCACUAUUGGUUUC